AGCAACGAAACAAAUGACAUCUGGGACACUGAUAGUUCUCUGGAUAGCCCCAUCGACUGCUUCGGAUUUCCAAACAUUGGGCAGACCUGCUAUAUGAACGCAAGCCUGCAGAGUAUCCUUACAUUACAGGACUUCAUUGGGGGCAUCAGUCUCAUGGAGCAGGUGUGGAGCUCAGUACCUGAGGCUCAUCUGAUGAGAAGCUUGAUGAAUGUCAGGGACGUUCAUUCGUCCAUAGACACUCAAGUUAAAAUCCCCUUCCUGCAGUUCUUUAAGGAUGUGGUCUCUGCCCAGGCACCUGACUUCUGGGACACUCUGCAAAAGGAUGCUCAUGAGUUCCUGACUGCAGUCCUGGAACAGAUGAGAGGUCUGGCCCCUCUGCUGCAGGAGACAGCAGCUUUCGUGGGCACACAUUAUACCUGCCCUGUAGAGGAUCACCUGGUGAUCACAAUGGAGAACACCAGGACAUGCAAGAGCUGUGGAGCACAGUCAGUGAGACAGGAGGAGUUCACAAACCUGUCUCUAGACCUCCUCCCUGGAGGCUCUGUGGAGGAGAUGCUCCAGGAGUACCUUAAGGAGACGGAGGUGGAGUUCAGGUGUGACUGUGGAGGGAACACGUCGAGCUGCAGAUCAUCCCUCCUCACUCUGCCACAAGUGCUCAUCCUGCAGCUGAAGAGGUUUCGCUACUCUCCCUUCUUUGAGCUUGAGAAGGUUGAUGACCCCGUCAGGCUGACAAGGGACCUGCCGGUCUCCUCCACACAGGAUGGAGGCUGCUACAGCUUGAUCAGCGCCAUCAGCCAUUUUGGCUCCACAGAAAUGGGACACUACAUCAGCGAAGGCAUCCACCCAGACAACAAUCCGGACGAACCAGAUGAUCAUUGGCUCACCUACAAUGAUUCAAUGGUCUUUGAGACGUCCGGCAACUUAGUCUGUGAGCAGCAGGAGAGGGGUGCUUACAUCCUGUUCUACAAGAGAAUAGUGUAACCCAACUAACGACGUGAUGUCGGACUAAGAGACCUGGACACAGUCAAGACGUGAUGUCGGACUAAGGGAUCUGGAUACACCACACGGAGACAGGAUGACCAUCAUGGAGCCAGGAGACCUGCCGCGGGUAAGUGAGUUUCUAAUCUUGUCUGUUUUCUUGGUGCAGUUGUUCAACGUGACGGUGGACAACUGAUGACCAGGAAAGACGACUGGAGGAUGAACGAAGAAGAUGUCCCGUGGCCAGAAGCAGCUGAUGAUUCCCUUGCCCUUAGGAGGAGGGGCCCCCCCAGAGAGCCUGGUUCCUCCCAAGGUUUCUUCCUCUAGCAGGGAGUUUUUCCUUGCCACUGUCGCCUCACAGUCUCUGGACAGCAGGACAGACCCAACUCAUCUCAUCAGCAUAGACACCACAGUUGUAGAGAUGGUCCUGCAU